AUGAAGGAGCUUCUCUGGAACAUCCUGUCACAGAUCCAGUUACCUGAAAUCACCACGUUUGGAGAUGAGCAGGAGCUACCCCUGCUGGUUCACGACAUUAACAGAUACCUGCAAGACAGGAGGUACCUUAUCAUAAUUGACGAUCUCUGGAAACAAUCCGAUUGGGAUAUCAUCAAGGAUGCUUUUCCUCAGAAUAGCAUGUACAGUCGAGUAAUUGUGACCACAAGCCUUGGAAGUGUAGCCGAGUCAUGUUGUUUCUCUACUGAUUAUUGCGGUUAUGUUCACGAGGUUGGCCCAAUGAGUGAGCAAGAUUCAAAACUACUUUUCAGAAAAACUGCUCACUCUGAGGUUAGUUUCCCAAACUACUUAGAGGAAGAAGUAUUAAGGAAAUGCGCCGGCAUUCCACUGUUCAUAUCUGGUAUGGCUGACUGGUUGAGAGAACAAAAGGAAGAACAGUUGAAGCUUCCCACAAUGCUGAAACAGUUUGAACGAUCGUUGUCUCCUGCUUAUGAUGAUCUUCCGCACUGGUUGAAAGUUCAGUUGUUGUAUGUUGCCAUGUUUCCUCAGGGUUAUAUCUUUGCAAAAAGUAGUUUCACCAAGCGAUUGGAUGCCGAAAUGCUGACCUAUCCAUCUUGUACUGAAGAGGACUAUUUUGGGGAGCUCAUAGAUAGGAAUAUCAUCACCCGAGUGAAAAGCAGUAGCAAACAGUCUCGUCAAGCAGAGGAAGAGGGCUGCCACUGGCAAGUGAAUUACUUCAUGUUACAUUUCCUUGCUUCCAAAUCAGCUGCGAAUGGCUUUGUUUAUACCAGUGGCACACUGAAAAACUCAGGAGACAAUAAACCACGACGGUUGUCCCUCCACGAGCCUGAUCUGCAGCUUCCAUCACUGCUGGAAGAAAUGAAUUUAUCGUACACCCGUUCACUUGUGGUCUCUGGUGUAGUGAGCGGGAUCCCUCUUGAUAAGCUUAUAUUUUUGAAGGUGCUGGACCUUGAAGGUUGGUGUUGCUUCGAGGAGCAACACUGGUUGGCAAUAUGUAAACUGUUUCUGCUACGGUACCUGAGCCUGAGGAAGACACUGGUCAGAAAGCUCCCUCCCAAGAUUAAGGAUUUGUACAAACUAGAAACACUAGAUCUAAGCCACACACAGAUCACUGAGCUACCGUCACAAAUGUGCGAGCUUGCAGGGCUGAGGAUGUUGGACCUAAGAGGGACCCCAGUCAUGCGGCUGCCAAAACAAUUCCAGAAGAUGCGGCAGUUGCGACACCUUCUCCUUGGUGGCAAUGGAGUUGAUAACCCCAACACAACAGUGACACAAGUACCGGAGGAAAUCCGGUAUCUUUGUGACCUAGAUACACUUGCAGUUGAUUUGAGUGGAUGCUCUCCAAGCCUUUUAGAGGCUCUUGGUUCCAUAUGGAAACUAAGAGUGUUGGCCAUAAAUUGUUCUUUUCACCAGUCUACUGACAGAAAGUUCCAGGAAACCUUGUGUUCAUGCAUAGAGAAAUGGGAACAGCUCGAGGCUCUGACCAUCCACUGCGAACCCGGUUGUCACAUGGAGUUUUUAAGUUCUGAUAUCUUGGUUCAAACUCGUUGGCUAAUGAAAUUUAAGGUGACAGGUGGAAGAUUUCUCAACUUUCCCCGAUGGCUCAAUAAGCUUGAUUGUUGGAAUGCCUUGUGCUAG